AUGUUCAGCUAUUUGCAGGCGAUUCGGAGCUUAGAGAUGAUGCUGGAUGAGUUGCUGGCCGAAGCAGCUAGGAGGCCGUUGCCCACAGAAGGUUGCUUCAGGUACGGUGAGAUGAAUCGACCAGGUUGGCAGGGCCCAAACCCCGCUGUCCUGAGCCCGUCCCGGCAUUCCAACCGGCCACGACCCGCCAAAGGCGGCUGGGCUGGAUGGGUCUGUCCUGAGUGCAGCUUCAUGAACGAGAAGGGCACUGACUUCUGCCAGAAUUGUGAGCGAGACGAGAUUGAAGCAUUGUCUGCGAACAAGGGCAAAAUGGGCGUGCUUCUCCCCAAAGUCUUGUCCGCAGAGCUGCAGCAGAAUCUGUUGGACACAGCCUGUCGAGUGGCAGCAGCACCUACACCUGGACAAAGUGGAGGCUGGUAUCGAUGUUCAGCAUCAACAGCCCAGUUGAAUGAUGGGAACAAGGCCCGCUUUUGGGAUCGGAUCGACAAAUUUCCAGAAGAGUUUCGACGCCUUGGCGAACAACUUGCUGUAGCUGCGGGGGAAACUUGUCCUAUUCUCAAGCAGCCAGCCAUGGACUUCGAGCCCCGUGUGGGCGCGUCGGCAGACUCGAAUGGGCCCAGGUUGAAUUUCUACACCGGCAAGGGUCGGAUGAAUUGGCACAAGGAUGAUUACAACUUUGCCGUCAACCCCAGCGGGGAGGGGGGGCAGACUGGGGGCAAGUCUUUGAUCCGCCAUGUUUUGAAUUUGAUUCAGGUCCUCUUCGUAGAAAACAGGUUCCUUCGCGCAACCUUGUGGGCCCUCGAUUUGAUCCCAGAAUCGUGUGAUGUGAAAGGAAGUGGCUGUGAUUGGCUGAGUCUUCCAUCUGCCUGGCGCUAUGUAUGGAACAACCUGCGCCUGGCGGUGGUUGGGGCGCAAAGGCAUCGCCACGCCACUGCCAUGUGGCAGACAGCAGAUGAGGAGUUCGAAGAUUUGGAAAGUCGGUUGGGGCAGAUCCAUCGAUUGAUGGAUCGCUUGGGUGAAGAUCCUGGUCUCUGGUAUUCCAAUUGGCACCGUGCCAGUGCGAUGGCACGGGAACUGCCUCGGCGCUUUGCAAGGAGCAAGCCACGUGGUAUUCCACCUGCGCUUGACCGGCAACCUGCUGGGCAUGGUUUGCGUAUUCCAAGCGGAGGUCGAGCGCUUCAGGUUUCCAGGACUAGCCGGAUUCUCAUGAGACAGGUGGAGUUCCCUCUUUUGGGUGUGGUCUUGAGGCCUCCCGAUGCGUACACAACUGCUUGGACAGCCUUGAACCUUGGCUUUCGCAGUUUCCUGCUACCAGAGAUGAACAGCUCCACUCUGCAAGACGCCCUGCUAGCCAUUAUCAGCAGCGAAGUUUCUCGGCAAGAAGUCAGGCUCCUGGGUGAAGUGCCUAGCAGUCGCUUCUUGGAGGACGAAGAGCUUGAGGCCGAUCUUCGAGAACUGGAUGCCAUCUCUGUGGAGUCUGUGGAGACCAAGGCCUGGCAGAGCUUGGUGAAAAUGCAGCAUCAAGGUCGUUUGACGGUUGUUGGAGUCAGUGGGAUGCAUCCUGAUAGAGUUAAAGAAUUCUUGGACGAAGUCGAAGAAAAACCUGCCUUUGUCAUCAGCGACUUUACCAUCUACGAACCUGGUGGCCCAGAUGAAGCACGAAAAUUGGUCUCACAGAUGGAAACCCUGCAGGAUCUGGGUAUCUUCACCAUUGCCCAAGGAGAUUUUCAGGCAAGUUGUUACUUCCAUUGGGUCAUCAACCUCGGCGGGUUUGUUGACUCAGUUGCUCCGGAACGGAACAAGUCUUGUGGAUAUCUGGAACCUCUUGUGGAUCCACAUAUCUUAGAUGUGGCGCAGGCGCAUUCGGUCAACGGACACAGCGCCAGUUCAGCCCAGGUCAUCGAUCGCUGGUGGCUGCAGCUGGGCGGCUUGCUGUUCGUCGAAGCCUCCGAGAUGCAGGAGCAUCUGGGUGCAUUUGAGUUCUCCCUAGAGGACCCAGCAAUGCGUUUGCUGAAUGGUUUGAGCUCUUUGGUGGCCUCCUCCCCUGGACGCCGUGCGCCUUACUGGUGUGAGGAUGCGAAGAAGGAUCGACCCAUUGUCAUGGCAUCCGUGGGGGACACAGCCGAGUUUGGCUACAAGAUGCAGGCACAUGAGCCUGAUGCUUCCGUGCGCCUGGAAUCAGGGGACGUCAUCAUUUUCGGCGGCCCGGCGCGCGACCUAAUCCAUGCCCUGUUGCGAGUAUAUCCUGGCACUGCACCAGAAGCUUUGCGUUGGGAUCCCCAUCUCAAAGCAGGUGGGCAUCGGGUGAGCAUCACUUGGCGCGAUGUGGGGGUGGAAGAUGGGCUCACCUUCAAUAGCGAUGAGCGCCUGGGAUUGACUGUGACCGAAAACACGCUGCCCAGAUAUUUGCCCCACAGGAGCAAAGGUGGGAAGAGCCGUGGCAAGGGCUACAGGAGAGGAGCGUGA